AUGGCCCGCGCCCGCAGCAGCCUGCUGACCGCCAGCAUCCUGCUCGGCGCCUUCGCGCUCGCGCUCCUGGGCGCCGCGCCGCCCUUCGUCCCCGCGCCCCGGGGCGAGGCCGCCGCCGCGGCGGUGGCCGCCUCCGCGGCCGCCGGCGCUGUGCCGGCUCUGGCCCUGCAGCAGCCGGCCGGGGCCUACGAGGCGAGCUCCGUCUCCGUGGCCAUGCCCGUGCUGGAAAACCCCGGCCUCGUCUGGGUUUUCAUCUGCUCGACCGUCACAAUGUCCAUCGCGCUGGUCGUGUGGGGGCGCAACGGCUUCUGA